AUGCAAGGACGAUACCUUCUCUUUAGGGCCAUCUGUCGAAGCGAUGUUAAACCACAGCCACACUGCAGCCACCAAGAACCACCUUCACAGGAGCCCCAAGAACCUCCUGGGGCAACGCAAGAACGAUACCAUCUCUUUAGGUCCGUCGGUCCAAGCGAUACCGAGCCACAACCACAUUGCAGCCAUCAGGAACCACCAUCACAGGAGCCCCAAGAACCUCCUUUGGCAACACAAGGACGAUAUCAUCCCUUUAGGGCCGUCAGUCCAAGCAAUGUCCAACCACAGCCACACUGUAGCUACCAAGAACCACCUUCACCUGCUGAGUCUCUCCAGCUCCAGCAAGGUGAGUUGCUGAGGACAUACGCAUUCUCUCCCUGGUGGCAUCAAGCGAGCGGACCAUCAGAAAGAGCGUUCCAGACCCAUCAUCUAGGUACCCACGAGACAGAGGAGGAGGAGGAGAAGAAGAAUAAAAAGUAUCGUUGCCCCGUCAGUAAUUACGUCAGCAGGAGGAAAUCUGAUGCCGUAAGGCACAUGCGCGUCCAUUUGGAUGAGCACACGUUCAUGUGCCCACACUGCAAUUUCAGGUGUCGAGACGCCAGCUAUUACAAGAAACACAUGCGUUUGCAUCAGGGCAAGGUGCAUCGCUGUCCUCACUGUCCCUACGCGACUAUCUGGAAGAGCGUUCUCAAGAAUCACCUGUAUUUACACGUCACGACUAGAAGGUUUGCCUGCAGCAAGUGUAACGCCAGUUUCAGCUUUAAAGGUGCUCUCACUAGGCACUUCAAAACUCUUCACUCUUAG